AUGGCAUGCAAUCAUAAGCUACUCCGCAAGCACGAGCAGGCUAGGAACCUCGCCUACCGGAAUGAAACAACCAGGUAUUGGAGCGACUUUGAGCUCAUUCAUCAACUCCGUUACAGUUCGGCAGACGUAGGCAUCGACCUUGUACAUCUACGUGCAAUUUUGCAACCAACCGCGCUUGCCAUCCAUAUCCUUCCUCCACACGAACUUUAUGAACACCAGGGCAUAUCUCUUAAUGCCGCUGGCCAGUUUCUCGGGCCUUUGGUUUUUUGGUGGGGAUACCACAGUCGCGAACGCCAGCGCUUACCAGAAUAUGACAUCCCGCCCACGGUCGAUUCCUUCGCUUACCAAAAACCAGACUACUUCUUGCCUGAUGGCAGUUCUGGCUAUCAAUAUGGACAGCAGGAAUACCCAUGCCGUUCAUUCGAACCCAGCUACAAUCACUUUCCACAACUCGUCGAUGUCAAUGAUGAUCUCUGUCGAUUUGGAUUCAACUCCCCGUUGUAUCGCACAUCCGGGAGCCAGAUCAGCCCGCCAGUCAGUCCACGGGACACGACAUCAAUAGACUCAAGCAUUUGGGAUGGAAAUGUGCCACAGAAGCGUAGGCAUCAGUCAUCGACCGUUCCAAAUCGGACCAAGAAACAGCAUGUGAGUCUUCCAGAAGAGGAUUUUUCACAUGGUAGUUCAUGUUCGCUAAUGAGGUGGCAGUCACGAAAGGGGACAUCCAGCUCCCAGGCGCAUAGUCCCUCAAGCGAUGCAUCAGGUCAGUCGUCCACAGAUGGACAUCGGCCGCACUACGCCGUUGAAAGGCGUUACCGCUCAAGCUUGAACGAGCGCUACGCCAGUCUGGCUCGCUUAGUCGCCCAGCUGGAAACUGUCGAGAUCUGUCAGGCCGUCAACCCCGACUUUCAACUGCCUACGAAGCUAGAGAUUCCGGAGAGCGGCAGCGAGAAGCCCGCUGGCAAACGUCAAAGUAAGACGACAACGCUAUCGGUUGCCAUCGACACGAUCGCGUUGCUUGAGAAGGCUUGCGCACGCAAGGCACAAGAAUGGGAAUGUGUCGCAUCAAAGUUGAAUGGUAUAGUACGCGCUAUGCCAGCGCUCAUGAGAUUGACGUGGAAUAAUCACUGUCUUGUUACGUGGAUGAAGAUAUUUGAUACACAGGGAGUUUGUAAACGCCAAGCAAAAAUCUUAUACCCAAUAAGCAAUGAACACAGACGAGAUAGCCAUCAAGGUAUGGCAAAGCAUAUCGCAUUUUCAUUUUCAUUACGAAAGAAUUUGCGACGCUUCUCCGUGUGCACAGUACCAUCGUACGCACAUACCGCACGCACAUACCAUACGCACAUGACCUGCUCGCUGAGCCCACAGACGAUCGAGCCGCUGAGACCUGCUGACUGGCUGGUUUCGCCCGGUCGUGGCGACAGCUUUAUGACUAGGACCAGGAGGCGCUCGCCAUACUUGCUGGGCGAGGAACAGACCAAGCCAUUCGCAGACCCAGCAGCGUUUCGUCGCAACUCUGCUGUGCACGUGUCGAAAGCAAGAGAUGCCCUUCGAACACGACUGAACUUCUCCUGCCCAAUCUCCCAACGUCCUGCUGGGCUUUGGGGUGGCUCGAUGGGCGCGAUGGGCGCGAUGGGCGCGAUAUCGGUUCACCGACGCUUGCUCCAGACGUCAGGUAUCCAUGCAGCUCAUUACAGUCUGCAGAAUCGUAUUCAUGAGAAGCAUGCGCGACUGCCAUGUGAAGUCACGCGCUCGAAGCCGAUUAGUCACCGCACGGAAGCCGAUUGUCGACGAGCUUCUCCGAAAGCUGAGGAGCGCCGUUCGGGCCAGGGACGGAUGUUUGGACGGCUUCGAGAAGACAGGCGACUAUACACGACCCAGGCCUGCCCACGAAGGUCGGUUGGGCGAUGCAGCAUAGAGCACGAAUGCUUCGCAACAACCGGACACCGAACGCCAAGCGCGCGAGUGUUUCUUCCACCAUGCUCCCUCGUCUUCGCGGCCACAAUUCGCCGCUCCAGGACGUUCGAUACUUUCGGAAGCAGCGACGCAUCGAAGCUUUCCAGUGCACAGUGCGCGCGCGACGGACAGAUUCAUAAUUGCACGAUGAUGCCCGUAAUGCCCGCGAUGGGGUGUCGCGAGCAUGCCACCAUCCGCGUCCAGUGCGGUGUUCGCUCGCACCUUCGCAAUAUUGCCAUGCAUGGACGGUGUUUCAACGGCGGCGAAGGCACACGGCACGGCAAAGGGGCAAGUGCUCUCGUCUGCGCUAUCCUGCACGCCGCAACACGUUUAAUUGCCAACACGCUCGCCUGCUCUGCGAUGGCCUAUUCGCAGACGAACGCGCUGUUCGAGGCUAUUCAGCAGCUGAGGUCGACGUUGACCCAGCGAUCUCUGAUGCGGACGGGGAAUCCCAUGCUUCCGGAAGCGGAAGCGGGAGCAUCGCGAUUCGCGAAAACGCGAAACCCGGCAAUCGUCCAAUCGCUUGCUGUCGGCACGACCCAAUCAAAUCAAAUGGAUCGGACGUGGGGGCGGCGCUUGAGCACGCAUCUGCCACAAUGCUUCUUCAAACUUCACUUCACCUCGUCUGCCGGCGCAGCUCUCGUUCUCGCUCCCGCGCCGCCCGUCCUCGUCCUCAACUCCACAGAACUCCACCCACGAACCAACGUGUCUAUGACACCGUGUACACAAUGCUCGAGAGUCAACUACCGGCCGACAAGGGCAGGCAUUGCCUCCCCAGCCAUUCAAGCUCAGCCAGCACUAAAUCAUGCCUGCGGCGGCGGCGCGAAAAGAAGACGUAGUAACUUUAGCCCCAGUCCUGCAUCCCACGCUUUCACGACCGGCCCUCUGGUUCCACCAUCUCAUCUGAUGACUCGAGCUCGUCUGCCUCGUCAGUACAGCCAGGCCUGCCAUGGGUUUUCUCCUCAUCUCAUCAUGCAGCACCGCAGCAGCCAGACACUCCUCCAAGCCAUUAGCAGGCGGCCACGUAGUCCACACUACCACUGCUCGCCACCCACAUUUUUUUCCUACGACACGCACAACAAGAACAGGAAACCCUCGUCAUCGCUGACCGAGAUCUGGCUUCUUGGCAGCAAUCGAUCCUUAGCUAGCAACUUGGAUCGAGCCGAGAGAUAG